CUGCAGCGGCGAGCAGAGCAGUGAACAUGAAGUCGGGUGCGGGCCGAAGUCAAGCUCAGAGGACGUGAGGUGCGAAGGGAUCAGGACCGCCGACAUGAGCCGGGGCCUGCAGUUGGCGGGCUGUGACGCGCGCCCGCGGUGAUGGCCGCGCCGCAGGUGCAAAUCGGUAACGCGAGCGCUCCGUGGAACGCGACGGCGGCGGACGUGUCCGCGGAUGGCUCCGCGGCGCUGCGCGUGCUGGUGUCAACGCUGUACUCGCUGGUGUGCGCGGCCGGGCUGCUGGGAAACCUGCUGGUGCUCGCUCUCGUCAAGGCGCGCGGUCCCGACGGGGGGCAAAGGCGGAGGCGCGCCUGCGCCGUCCACGUAUUCAUCCUCAACCUGGCCGCGACGGACCUGGGCUUCGCACUGACGUUGCCUUUCUGGGCGGCGGACACGCUGCUAGACUUCAGCUGGCCCUUCGGCCACGCCAUGUGCAAGGUGGUUCUGAGCGCCACCGUGCUCAACAUGUACGCCAGCGUCUUCUUCCUCACCGCCAUGAGCGUCACGCGUUACCGCUCGGUGGCGCGCGCGCUGCGACCGCGGGGUGGCGGGCGCUGGGGGCGAGGGCGCGCAUGGUCGCCGGGCUGGGCGGCAGGCGCGCUGUGGGUGGGGGCCACCGUGGCCACGGCUCCCGCCGCCAUCUUCUCGACGGUGCGUGACGUAGCAGGGGAGUGCCUUUGCCUGUUGAACUUCCCCGAAGGAGGCGCCUGGCUGGCGCUCUACCACCUGCAGAAAAUCCUGCUGGGUUUUGUGGUGCCCCUGGCGGUGGUGUGCGCGUGCUACCUGCUGCUGCUCAGGCUGCUGCGCGCGCGCGGCGCCGAGCGGCGACGCGCCCGCGUCACCCGCUCCAUCACCAUCGCGGUGCUGUCCUUCUUUCUGUGCUGGAUGCCCAACCAGGCCGUAACUUUGUGGGGCGUCCUGGUCAAGCUGAACCUGCUGCAGUGGGACCGCGCCUACUACGUGGCGCACACGUACGCGCACCCGCUCAGCGUGUGCCUGGCGCACGCCAGCAGCUGCCUCAACCCGCUGCUCUACUGCCUGCUGCGCCGGGAUUUCCGAACCAGGCUCAAGGAGAAGUUCCGGAAAGUGCUGCGGCUCGCCGCGGAGCCCACGCGCGCUCCCGCGUCGCCUCAUCACGCGCACGCCGGUGGCAUUCCACUCAGCGACUUCAUGGACUACAGCGAAAACCUCGGACGCUCUCGACACGCCGAACUGUGCGCCCCAGUUAAGUGAGCUCAUCGUAGGGUGCGUUCUGACGCUCGGCCAAUAGAUGGCGGCACCGAAUUAGAAACUACGUCUGGCCCGAUGUCAAUUCAGCUGCUUCGAUGAGAGGUCAAGCUGGGUGACAGACAAUCGACCACUGCCAGUGCCUUCAAAACUCUGUCUUUUUAUGAUAUUUUUUUUAAUUGCAUUUUAACAACUGUUCACAAAUAAACGAAGUUAUUUGUAAUUGAAAAAAGAGAGCGAAGCCGAUGAGAAUUUGAAACAAAAAGGUUCCGGAGAGGAAGUAAAACGUCAUCAGGUAAAAUGUGCUCUUGCUGGAAGGUUCCAGUCGCCGGCCGGACGUAUUUUCACGUCGGACUUGACUUCCGGCUUGUUGCUACCUAACCAGCGUGAAGUGAAAGUGCUGCCUGGUCUUGUUGUUAACUCCAUUUGACGCGUUUGAUACUUUUUAAAAUAGCUCAACAAUUGCCGUGCGUGACUCGUCGAACGACAAGAAAGGACUUGCUGCUUUUCUUU